AUGAUUUUGGGCAUUGGUGUUGACCUUGUUCACUUGCAGCGAAUAGCCUCGCUCGUAGCACGAAGGGGACGGACACCACUUGCCACACGUAUACUGAGUCCUCUAGAACUCAAAGAAUUUACUCAACGAUUUCCUCAUGACGACAAUGCGAUUGAUCAACAAGUCAUGUACCUUGGAUCGCGAUGGUGUAUCAAAGAAGCUGUGUACAAGGCACUUUAUCCGAUUCACAAACUAGAAUGGAAACAAGUGACAGUAGCUAAAAACCAAGGAAAACCGGUUUUGCACGUGGCGAAUGGUGAAGCGUAUGGGAUCAGACGAUCUCAUGUUGCAUUAAGUCAUGAUGGCGAGUAUGCUAUCUCUCAAGUGGUCCUGGAAGGAUAG